AUGCAGUCCUACUUCGAGCUCUGCAGCAGCAGUGCGGCUGAAGUGUCUCGACUAGAACGCAUCGUAAAUGCUAUGCAGAGGGGAGAGAUUACCGAUGAAGUCCUCGAAGCGUGUCCUGAGCUCGCUCCAGCCUUCAAGCAACAGGAGAAGCUGAAGUAUAGGAAAAUUAUUCUAGAAAAGAGCCUUGCUGAACAGCUUGCGUCCAACAAAGCAAAGGGAUGCUCUGCAUCAAAAAGUGCUAAACACAGUGGAGGAGAACCGUCUGUCAACAAUGAAGCCCCGGUUGCAAAAAAGGAGAAAGGGGCGAGCAGCAGUGCCACUGCAAAGCCGAAGAAGCAUAGCUACGUCAUUGUGCAGGAUUACGGCUCUAGCAUCAUUAGCAGGCUGUCAGAUCUGUUCAAACACGCUAUCAAAGAGGCUUUUCCGACAAUUGAUAACGUCUCCGUAGCUUUGACAGAAACCACGAAUCCGAAGUUUGGUGACUACCAAUGCAAUUCAGCAAUGGCAAUAUCGGCGAAACUGAAGGGAAAUGGCACUGUUAUGAGGCCAUCUGACGUUGCCAGUGAAAUCAAAUCAAAGGUCCCGUCAUGCGAUUUGAUUGAAAAGAUUGAAGUCGUACCCGCAGGAUUCAUCAAUGUCUUUCUCAACAGAUCAUUCAUAGAAGCUCAAAUAGGAAAGAUCGCCUCGAAGGGGGUUCAACUGCCAAAAAUAGAAGCAAAGCGAGUCGUUGUCGACUUUUCGUCACCGAACAUAGCCAAGGAAAUGCAUGUCGGUCAUCUCCGGUCAACAAUCAUUGGAGAUUCCAUUUGUCGUCUUUUCGAACAUGUCGGCUUCGAUGUUCUCCGAGUUAAUCACAUUGGCGAUUGGGGAACGCAAUUUGGGAUGCUCAUCGCGUACCUCUAUGAUAAGUAUCCUGAUUUUAUGAAUCAACCACCACCUAUUAGCGAUCUCCAAGCUUUCUACAAGGAGUCCAAGAAGCGUUUUGAUGAUGAUCCAGAAUUCAAGAAACGCGCAUAUGACUGCGUUGUAAAGCUGCAGAGUUAUGAUCCAGAAAUCGUGAAUGCAUUGGACUAUGAUUUGUAA